AUGAAACCCGUCUGUCCAGACCAUUAUCACCAGCUUCACAUUGAAUAUUACUAUGGCAACACAACCUUCCCAGCGAGGACAGCUUCUUCAUCUCUAACACAGUGCCCUCCUCUCCUGUCCUCUUCUUCUGUCACACCCAGUUCUCCCACACAAGCAGCCAUCGUCAUUGACACACAAGGACAGCGGCUGAGGACCCCACCGUGUGUGUGUGACGGGGAGAACACUGACAGGCUUUCCCACAACCCUAUCCACCCUCAGGGCCAGCUGACUGAGAUAUCUGCUUCUGCUGCCCCAACAGCGAGUGGAGUUUAUCCAGACUCCAGCAUUUCAGCCUACAAAAUGGAAAAUAACACCAUAACCCCUUCCACCCUCCCUAACCUUCCCUCCGGCAAUGAUCACAUAAACAUUAACAUUAUCAUCAUCACCGUCAUCUUCUGCAUCGUGUGCUUCCUACUGCUGGUGGCCUUUUUCUACGCCUUCUGUUUCCACUGUACGCUGCGGCCAUCGCCUAAGAGCCGCCGUAAAGACACAAACAGCAGCGUGGACAGAGAGGAUGCCACCUUCAGGCGCACUUCCUCUAGCGUCUCUCUCGGCAAUGCUGUCUGAAAUGGGCUACACAUCCUGUCACUCAUCAAUUCUCUCUGGACUACAUAGCAACUUGAACCAUAAGUGAUGUUUAUGGACUCGGGAAGUAUCUUCCUCAAGAUAUUCAAGGCAAAUCAUCAUGUCACAUGUGAUAAGAGUUGUUAAAUCAAUGUAAAUUGACUUAAAUGUUUAAUCAGUGUUGUACAAAUUUUGAUAUAUUUUUAAAUUUCCAAAGCACAAACAUUCUGUACCAGGCACUGGCUAACUGUGAUUUAUUAUGUAGAUGAUGUUAUGUUAUUGCAGAUAAGAUCUUUAAAUAUGUAGCUUGUAAAGUUAAUCUAGUUUAUACACUGAUCAGGCAUAACAUUAUGACCACUGAUGAUCUCCUCAUCAUGGCACCUGUUAGUGGAUGGGAUAUAUUAAGCAGCAAGUGAACAUUUUGUCCUCAAAGUUGAUGUGUUAGAAGCAGGAAAAAUGGGUAAGCGUAAGGAUUUGAGCGAGUUUGACAAAGGGCCAAAUUGUGAUGGCUAGACGACUGGAUCUCCAAAACUGCAGCUCUUGUGGGGUGUUCCCGGUCUGCAGUGGUCAGAAUCUAUCAAAAGUAUCAUUUAAGUCCUGUAAGUUGACUUAAAGGAUCUACUGCUAACAUCUUAGUGCCAGAUACCACAGCACACCUUCAGGGAUCUAGCAGUCCAUGCCUCAAUGAGUCAGGGCGUUUGAGUUUUGGCAGCAAAAGGGGGACCAACACAAUAUUAGGCAGUUGGUCAUAAUGUUAUGCCUGAUCCAUGUACAUAUCAUAUAUUAACCGUGCAUUUGUUUUGUAUUUUGGUUUCAAGCCGCGUUUUGAUAUGUUUAAAUGUUUUUUGAAAUGUUUGUGAAAUAGCUUGUGUAAGUCGAAGUCAAAGACUCUGAGGUGACUCUUCAAGUAAAUGUUUAAUUAACAAAACAACAAGGUAGCACAAAAACAAACAACAAUGCACAGAUACAGUAUGUGAAAUAGUCAAAACUUGUUUAGAAUAAAAUGAAAUUUUUAUUUCGAGCAAGUCCUAUCUAACUUUUGUUCUCAUUUAAG